ACUUGUAGCUUCUUUAUUCGUAUUCCCGGGGCCUAAGCUUUUACUGAUAAAGUGAGCAGUUGGCGAUAAUUGUCUUCCUUCAAUCAAACUGUUUCUGUAAAAAUGGUGAAAAGCCUUGGUCUUAUCGUCUGCCUUUCGAUCAUGAUUAUGGAUGUUGUUGCUGGUAUACUUGGGAUUCAAGCUGAAAUAGCUCAAAACAAGGUAAAACAUCUGAGAAAGUGGAUAUUUGAUUGUAGAGAUCCAAGCUCUCAAGCAUUUAAGCUAGGAUUGGCGGCGUCAAUAAUAAUGAUCCUUGCCCAUUUUAUUGCCAACUUGCUUGGUGGUUGCAUUUGCAUCCGGUCCAGCGAUGAUUUCAAAACUGCGACACCAAAUAAGCAAUUAGCUGUGGCUUCCCUCAUUUUCUCCUGGAUUAUAUUAGCUGUUGGAUUUUCGAUGCUGAUGAUAGGGACCUUAUCAAACUCAAGAUCAAGAAAAUCAUGUGGAAUAGCUCACCAUCGCUUUUUAUUUAUCGGAGGGAUUUUAUGUUUUAUUCAUGGAUUGUUUAUUGUUUCCUAUUAUGUUUCUGCCGUGGCCACAACCAAGGAAGAAAAGAAGAACCGUCAAAGAAGCCAAACAACUUCAGUCUCUACUGCCUAAUAAUUUGUUUUUUUUAAUUCUCUCUUUUAAAAUAUUCUUUGGUUCUUCAUUUAAUUGAUAAACUCAAGAGGUCUCAUGGAUCAAUGUUCCUGAAGACAUUAUUUUGUUGCAAAAAAGUUGUGUAAUUUCACAAUUAUAAACAUAUUAAUUCCAAUUAUUCAUAGA